GGCGGGCGGCGGCUGCGGCGGCGCCAAUCGGAAGGGCCGGAGGGGCGGGGCGCCGUUCAAACGUGGCGGCGGCGCGCGAGGCGGGUCCUGAGGGGAGGUGGCGCGUCGGUCCCGAUCCCGGUCUCCGUCCCCUCCACGCACUGAAAAUAAGGUUGACCAGGAACUGGAACAAGAUGGCAUCUGUGCUCCACAAUGUCAAAGCAACAAUGGCCUGGCAGAAACACCAGCUCCUAGCUGACUUUGAUGAAAAUGAGAGCCCUGUGCCUGACAAAUUCAAGAGAAAGGCUGCUCUGAGUUCUCUCAAUACCAUCUGCAUGUCUCUAAGGAAACGAGCACCAUUAAAGCGAGUAGAGCUGAAUUUUCAUAACACCCCAACUAGGGAAAGUCUGGAAGCAGGACAGAGGUGCCAAACUCUUCAGAUUAUUAAAAGAACAGCAAAAAAUGCUUUUGGAACAGUGUCCCAGAAAAUACAGAAGUCUUGCCAAAGCCCAGUACACUCAACGGUGACCUUUCCAGCUGAAUCCAUCAGCAGAAGCUGUGCGACAAGUUCUACCAAGAAAAAAAGUACUACACCUCAAACCCCUUGCUAUAAGACUGUUACUCCAGCAGCCAGUUCCAAAGGCAUCCCAAGGUCCAGCAAAAGGGCCUUGCUUGGGCCAACGAGGAUGUCAGAACAUGGAGAACGGAGGGAUUUCUCAUCCUGGCUUGGUAAAAAUGCUGUCUCUCUCCGGAGAUCAAGAAGAGCAGCAGCACUGAAGAGCCCUUAUUCAUCACCUGCUCCUGCCAGAAAGAUGGAAUGUGACUGCGAGUUGGAACUGGUCUCCUCAGGGAUUUGCCAACUGAAGCGUAUCUCCCAGGCAUUUGAUGAUGCUAUUGUGAAAGAGGAGAGGCAACAAGCAACAUCAAACUAUUACUAUCUAAUGGCAGAAAACUUACAUUCUGCGUGUCGAUCCCUGAAACCUUCUCAAGCUAUCAGAAGGCAAGCAAAGAAACUCCAUCAAGCACUUGGUACCUAGACAGAGACUGUAACUAUUAUUAGUUUAUAAGCAUAUAUAAAUGAGAGGUCUGUGUAGCACCAAAAGGGUGCACUCUAUACACUAAACAAAUCACUACAUUUUAUAAUCUUUCUUGACAAAGCAGCUCAGGACUUCCCUUGCUUUCUCUUUUCAACUGUAGUUGGUACCUGUGGUACCAACCACUUUGAUGUUGAACUGACCAGUAGGAAUGGCCAAAGCAAGGGCUACAGACUUAUGAAGGGUAAUCCUAGGUAAGAGGAGUGUUUAGACUGGUAUCCAAUUGCCAUGAGUUUUAGUACAAGUAUUUUACAUACAGAAGAGUUUGCUCUGUUAUUUCGAAAGCCUAACAUUUUUUUAUAUAUAUAAACAAACUAAGCGUUAAGCAUGUUUAGCUGGAAGUUAAUAAAACAAUAGUGGCUUCUUUAAGUUUUGACCACAACCACCAUUCCAAGGCAAUAGGUUUCUGUGGAGUCACUCACACCACAAGAGAAAAGCCACAUUAGGACUCUUAAUUCAUGGCCUUAAGGAUUGCUAUUAGAUUAGUCUAACUAAUCCUAUCUUAGGUAGUUUGGUCCCAGGCAAAUCAGAGCAAUUUUGUAAUUUCCUACUGCUGCUUUAAAUAGCAUCUUGGCAGUUGAGUUAAACAUUGCUUCUGUACUACAACAUCUGUCUUUUAGUUAUAUGCAGAAAUUGUUACUACAAUUAAUGUAACUUCUUACAGCUACUGUUAUUAGCCAGUAUCUCGGUGCAGGUAUUUUAUUUGAUGAUGCAUACUUAGCAUUUGAUAUAUUUUUUUUGCUUCUAGUUACUUAAAAAAAAAAAAGUAACGUUCCUUUGAAAAGCCUUUUUUGGUUGGUCAUUCAGUGUAACAAAGUUUAGUCUUUCAAACCAAAGCAAAGAUUUCUCAAGCUUCUGGAAUUCAACAGCAGGGCUGUUUUAGGUGGUAGCAGCUUUGUGCAGGCUUCUCCAGUUACAUUCACUCUAAGAUGAAC